AUGGGUCAAGGAGUCGCAGUAGAUGGUGGUUUUAUUAUCAAUACCAACCCCGCCACGGGAGAAGUAGUCUCCAAGGUGAAAUGCUCCACGGCAGAAGAAAUUGACAAAGUCAUCAAGGCCGCCAAUGAAGCUCAAGAGACAUGGGCCCUGAAAUCCCCCUCUGAAAGAAUUGCAUUUUUGAAGAAGGGCUUGAAAGAAGUCGACCGUCAAGCUGAUAAAUUGGUUGAGUGGAUGAUUCUGGAAAUGGGCAAGCCCAUUGCGGAAGCCAAAGAAGAAUUAGAAGGCACGGUGGACAAGGACGAAUUCUUGGACAUUCUGGAAAAAGCCUUAGAACCACAAGUCUACGGUAGCAGUACAAUAAUCCGAGACCCCUUUGGAGUAGUGGCAGUUUUAAGUCCUUGGAACUUUCCCGUUGACGAGAUUCUCUUGUUGGCACUCCCUGCAUUGGCGUCAGGAAAUACAGUCAUCAUAAAGCCAUCCGAAGUCGUUCCUGAAACGGGAGCCUGCCUCGUAAAGGCCUUGCAAACAGCAUUGCCUCCUAAUGUGAUUCAAGUUGUCCAAGGCGAUGGAGUUGUUGGUGCCCACAUCGUGGGCAGCCCCGAUAUCCACAUGGUCGCCAUGACGGGAAGUUCGGCAACUGGUAGAAAAAUUAUUGAAAUGGCAGCUCCACAAAUGAAGCGGGUCGUAUUGGAAAUGGGUGGCAAGGAUCCCAUGAUUGUUUUUGACGAUGCGGAUAUGGAUAAGGCGGCACACGAUGCUGUCAAGUACUCCUUGAGCAACACCGGUCAAGUAUGCUGUUCAAUUGAGCGCAUUUACGUGGCAGAGUCCAUCUAUGACGAAUUCCAAACUUUGACCACCAAGUAUGCGGCUGAAUACAAGGUCGGGAACGGAAUGGAUCCAGCCAACACUGUGGGACCAAUGGUGUCACAAGGGCAACGAAAUAUUGUCCGAGAGCAAGUCAAAGAUGCUGUAGCCAAGGGAGCGAAAUUGCUGCAUCAGAGUGAAGUCCCAGAACAUGUGGAAGGUUCCUCCUUUCACCCCGUCACAGUAUUGGCCGACGCCACAGAGUCUAUGGAUGUCUUUACCAAAGAAACCUUUGGACCUGUGGUUGCCAUGGCCAAGUUCGAUGGAUCCGAAGCCGAAGCCAUUCGGCUAGCGAACAAGACAGAAUAUGGUUUGGGAAGCUCUAUUUAUACCAAGGAUUUGGAGAAAGCUAGGCGGGUGGCAAGGAGGAUUGGUGCUGGACAAGUCGGAAUCAACUGUUAUGCGAUCGAGGCAAUGGACAUCGCAUGUCCAUGGGUUGGUCAUAAGCACAGCGGCUAUGGGUUUCACUCGGGUGUUGAUGGAUUCCACCAGUUCUCCAUUCCAAAAUCAAUUGUAAUGGUAGACCCUAGUGCAUAG